AUAAAGGUUUUAAAAAUAGAAAUCAGACAAUAUGAGCAUCCUUCGGCAUUUGCGACGAAACACAUCAGUCUGGAUGAUAUGUAGAUACAAUCAUUAGGUUUACCAUCACGGAUUACAUGAGAACCCUAAAUGACGCGACGUUCCAUAAUGACAUGACAAAUAAGUCUUAUUAGGAAAUUUGAGAGGAAAAUUUAUCACGCAAUAGUGUACUUCGCGACAAAACAAAAUUAGCUCAUUAACCUUGAACAUUCUGAGGGCCAGAAUGCUCAUAAGAUUGACGGUGUUCUGUGUCUGGUUGCCCUCAAUCGCUUCUGUAACAGUGUCAACAAAGAAUGGAGAUAUCGAAGGUUUUGUAACUUCGUACGCCAACUUUUCUUUCGCGUACAAGCACGUCAACAAGUUCCUUGGCGUUCCAUUCGCUGCUCCACCGACUUCACAGCUUAGGUUUAAGCCACCAGAACCGCCUCUUAAAUGGAAACCUAAAGUUCGUUCAGCUAAACGACACGGAAACGUUUGCUGGCAAGGCAAGGCCUAUGAAGUUCGGUUAAAAAAGUUUGUCCACAAUUUCACGUACAGCGAGGACUGCUUGUUUCUCGACAUCUACACCCCAGAUGUCAAAUCGAAACUACCCGUGAUGUUUUACAUUCACGGCGGAUCGUAUGAGUUUGGAGCUACAGUCACAUUUCCCGGGGAUAUUUUGGCUUUACAUGGGGUGGUGGUAGUCAUCACUCAGUAUCGUCUCGGGCCAUUUGGCUUCCUGACUACAGGGGAUUCUGCAUCUCCUGGUAAUUUUGGAAUGCUGGAUCAAGUCGCGGCACUUCAGUGGGUUAAAGAGAACGUUGAAAAUUUUGGCGGGGAUCCCGGCAAGGUGACCAUCUUUGGAUUAAGCGCUGGUGGAACAAGUGUGAGCCUCCAUCUACUGUCUCCAAUGUCUGAGGGCCUCUUCCAACAAGCCAUUGCAGAGAGCGGGGUGGAUUUGAGUCCUUUUGCAAUCCAGCCGACUUCCUUUGGUCUUCGCUUUGCCAAUGAGCUUGCUGGAUACCUGGACUGUCCAACGAGCGACCACAGCGAAAUGAUGGCCUGUAUUCGCCAGAAAGAAGCGAAGGAGAUACAAGACGCAUCCGACUCAAUAACCUAUAAUUUUACCGGAUACCUACGUUGGGCACCAGUUGUGGACAAAUACUUUCUUCUUGACACCCCCCGGAAUCUUCGAAACAAAGGAAAGUUUGAGAAAGCCAAAUUUAUGAUUACUUUUAACAGUGAGGAGGGUGGAACAACCUUUAGAAAUUUAGUCAACGGAUCGAGUCAGUCUUUCUUCAAAGGAUACGUAACACAAUUUGCGCAUAGUCAGACCAGCAGGUUUUUGCUUAGUAUUCAAUACGUCGCUCCUUCUCUGCUUUCUUGUCUCUCGCGCAGGGAAAAAAACGCAAACCUUAUUGCGGAUGCCCUGGAGUUUAUGUACACCCCGUGGCCUGAUAAAAGCAACAAAUACGCACUAAGGGGUCAACUUAUGGACCUCUUCGGCGAUUUCGUAUUCUAUGCACCUAGUCACCAGUCCGCCGAUGUUCACAGUUCGGUUGCUCCGGUAUACAUACUCGAGUUUGCGCAUCGUUCAAAAACGGUUACUAAGCUCCCGAAGUGGAUGGGCGUGGUCCAUGGUGCCAAUAGACAUUACGACUUUGGAAUUCCUCUAAUCCCACCGUUUUCUUCCCGUUACGACGCAGAUGACAAAAACGUCAGUUUGUUCAUUAUGGCGCUGUACACAAACUUUGCUAAGUUCGGUGAUCCAACGCCGCAGCCAGUCAGCGGUGUUAUGUGGAAGAGAUACAACUCAAGCUACAGGGCGUAUCUACGAGCUGACUCGAAACCUAAGAUGGCGGCGUCCUUUGUCCCGCGUCGAAUGGCAUUCUGGAAUGAUUACUAUCCAAAGCUUGAACAAGUCAAGUUUGAUACGAAGGAAUAUGUGGCUAGUGGUACCGGCGAAAAUUUCUCGUGGGUCCGCGAGAAGGAAAUGGUUGUCUACUACCGGCGCCCACAUAAGAUAAUCGUGCUUCGACUUGAUCCAGCAUUGCAAAAUUCCCAGGAGCCGAAGAGUCGCCGGUCGUCAAGAAACCAAACGGACCGAGACGAUACUGAAUCACCACAACUACCACCCCGUGCAGAGCCAAAAUGUCGCUCGGGGAUGUUUUCGACGGUUUUAGCGAAGCUUGUCUUAUUCGUGGUGUAUUUGCCUCAAAUCAAAUCAACCAUGGUUUCCACAAAGUAUGGGGACAUUGAAGGUGUUGAGAGCUUUUAUCAAAAUUCUACUGGACCAUUCAAGUCUGUCAGCAAGUUUCUUGGAGUUCCAUUCGCUGCACCACCGAUUGGAAACCUCAGAUUCAAACCACCAGAUCCUCCACGGCAAUGGAAACCAGACGUGCGUCAAGCUAAACAACACGGCAACAUUUGCUGGCAAGAUGACGACCAUGAGGUCUUCAUUCGAAUAUUCACUCAAGAUUUUGUCUACAGCGAGGAUUGUUUGUACCUCGAUAUCUACAGCCCAAAUGUAACUUUGAGUUUACCCGUGAUGGUGUAUAUUCAUGGGGGAGGUUACGAAAGUGGCACUGCAUUAAUAUUUCAAAGCGACAUGUUAGCUCUUCAUGGGGUGGUGGUUGUCGUGAUUCAAUACCGUCUCGGUCCAUUUGGUUUCAUGACCACCGGGGAUUCUGCUGCUUCCGGAAAUUAUGGAAUACUCGAUCAAGUCGCAGCUCUAAAAUGGGUCAAAGAGAACAUUAAGAAUUUUGGUGGGGAUCCCAGCAAGGUGACUAUCUUUGGAAAAAGCGCUGGAGGAACAAGUGUCAGCCUUCAUCUACUAUCACCGCUGUCAAAAAAUCUUUUCCACCAAGCCAUUGCAGAGAGCGGAGUAGAUCUGAGCUCGUUUGCAACUCAACCAACUUCAAUCGGUGUGCAUUUUGCCAAAGAGCUUGCCCAAAAACUGGACUGCACAACAAGCGAUCACGCCUUAAUGGUUGAUUGCAUACGCGGUAAAGAAGGCUCGGAAAUACAGAAAGCUGCAGAAUCAGUGAAGAAUACGCAUCAUCAGUACGUCCGUUGGGCUCCAAUCGUGGAUAAGAAUUUUCUCGAUGACUCUCCUCAACAGAUGCGUAGAAGAGGAGAUUUCAAGAAAGUGCCGUUGAUGAUAAGUUUCACCAGCAACGAGGGUUCAACUUUUCUUGGCCCCGUAGCGAAAUCUUCUUUCGGACUCACAGAGAAUGUGAACAACGGUGUAAGCCCGUCAUACUUUAAGAAGUUUGUAACAAGGCUCGCACAUGCUCAAAGCAGCAGAAAUGAAACCGCUGUCCUUAUCGCAGACGCGCUGGAAUUUAUGUACACCCCAUGGCCUGACAACAGUGACAAAUAUGCACUAAGAAGUCAGCUUGUCGACCUAAUUGGAGAUUACAUCUACUUUGCACCAAGUCACGAGGUGGCCGAUAUUCACAGCAAAUACGCGCCAGUUUACAUGUACGAAUUCGCUCACCGUUCAAAGACAGCGAGUCCCACCCCAGAGUGGAUGGGUGUGGUUCAUGACGCAAACGCGCCUUUUGACUUUGGCGCUCCUUUGACGUUACCUUUCUUUGAUGACAUCGACAAAGAUAUUAGUUUGACGAUCAUGGAACUGUAUACAAACUUUGCUAAGUAUGGCGAUCCAACACCAUUGCCAGUCAGCGGUGUUACGUGGGAGAAGUACAACUCAAGUCACAGAGCUUACAUCCGAGUUGACAACAAAUCCAAGAUGGCCGCUUCAUUUGCUCCUCGUCGAGUGGCAUUUUGGAACAAUUACCAUCCUAAACUAAUUCAAGUAGGCUUUGGUACAAAGAUCACUAGCGCUAGUGCCAAAGUUGCCAGUAUUCAUGUCUUACCCACGCUUGCUUUGACAAUUUUCAAAAGUCUUUGCUAUCUCUAACUAUUUUGCCUCACCAUGAUCAGCAAGUCCACUGAUUUAAACCAUCGUACUAAUUUUCUGUUUUUAGCAAACAGUUAAGGGGGAGGGGAGGGGGCUUGAGGAUUUUUGCUUAUGUCACAUAAAAUCUACUUUAUCCCCCAUAAUGCUCCCCGCCAUCAUUGACAGUUAAUUGGCAGUCAAUUUUCUGAAGCUUUCCCUUUAUUAUCUGUUCGUGAACCCCUUUGUUCCGCCCCAAAAAUCCUCCACCCCCCCCUCUCCCACGCGAUUAAUAAUGACUCUUGCCUUAGCCACGUCACUUUUGAAGCGGGGUUUAAAUCAUAAUGACACCGAAAGUCUUCCAAAUCAAAAGUUGUGUUAUCAUAUCAAACUUGAACACGGCUUUUUUUUUUCUUGUAUGGUUGUGUUUUAAAAAUACUUGUUAUAUAAUUCUCCUGAUUUGUUCGAUUUACUAAAUUUCUUUGGCAAAAAAUGAGAUUUUACAAUACAAUACUGAGAACCUAAGAUUGAUUAGGGUACUUGUCAGCAGGCUUUUCGUAUUUAGAUGCGCGCGCGAACCGUGUAGCAUACAUUGCACGUCCAAAAUGACUGAUUAAUACGUUCUUGAAUAUUAAUUAAGUCUCUGAGUGGAAAGCAAGGUUGUUGAAAUCUUAAAUAUCUGAGACAAGGAGAAAGAAAACUUCGUCAAGGUGGAAUGAAUCUUACAUGCUAAUAAUCGUAUACUAAGCACGAUGCUGACAAAUAAGUAAUAGACUCCAUGUGGCGUGAAAAUAUGCUCGGAUAGUUGUUCACAGACAUUAUCUUUACCAAGAUGCGCAGAGAUUUCCGAGAGCGAAGCUCGAAGAAAACUGAGCUACAAAGAACAGAUAAUGUCCAAGUACUUAUUCUCGUGCCAAAUGGAAGUUAACAAACAAACAUCUUAGGAAUAUUUUGUAACGCGCUGGAAAAAAUGUUUACGAAUAGGCUAUCGUUUAAGGCGUGGGAUGUUCACUUUUCAGUGCCCACUGGUACUAUUUUAUAAACAAUAAUGUCUCUUCUUCUGUAACAACAGCGAAACGCUCUCUCAUCUUGAGUCAAAUUUAAGAUUACUUCAGAGUUUUCCGCUAGUGGAUGUAACGUUUGAAAAGUAAGGAAACAUCCCUUGGGGUAUAUACAGCACUAGAUAUUUCCCAGUUUUAACUGGGGCAUAUUCUGUCAUGUGAUGCGUCAAGACCUACAUCGCGUGCGAGCAAAAACAUUGUUGGGUUAAGAGUUAGGUAAUAUUUCCUCACAGGUCUGGUGGUCAUGGUGGUCUGGUGUCAAUCUAUGACAAUUUUUCUAACUUUUUCCCCUUCCAUUUUCGUCAUUGUUUCCUCGCUUUCUUCUUCAGUAACUUUGAUCU